AUGGCGGAGGCGGCCGCGGCCGGGACUGUGGCCGGGACCGGGACUGUGGCCGGGACCGGGACUGUGGCCGGGACUGUGGCCGGGACCGGGACUGUGGCCGGGACCGGGACUGUGGCCGGGACCCGGACUGUGACCGGCAUUGUGGCCGGGAUCGUGGCCGGGAUCGGAGCUGUGACCGGGACCGGGGCUGUAGCCGGGACCAGGACCGGGACCGGGACCGGGACUGUGGCCGGGGCUGUAGCCGGGACCGGGGCAGAGGCAGGGACCGGGGCAGGGGCAGAUGCAGAGGCUGCAGCCGGGACCGGGACCGGGACCGGAGCCGGGGCGGAGAAGGCGGAGCCCAGCGGCGCAUCCCCAGGCGCCGAAGUGAAAGCCCAGCCGGCCCCGGAGAAGACCCUCGCGGCGGCGCGGCCGCGGCGGGACUCGCGCUCGGUGCUCAGGGUGUCCCAGCUGCUGCUCGGGGCCAUCGCCUCGCACAAGCGGCUCACGGUGGCGGCGCUGCGGCGGGAGCUGGGCCACGCGGGCUACCAGGUGCGCAGGCGGUGCCGGCGCCGCGGCGGCGGGGCGCGCGCGGCCGGCUUCCCGGGCACCCUCAUCAGGGUCAGCGGCAGCCACACCUCCGGCUACCUGCGCGUCUGGAAGCCCCCGAAGCCCAAGAGGAAGCCGGGGCGCCCGAAGUCGGAAGAGAGCGCCCGGCCCUGCAGGACGCCCUCGGGGCUGCGCAGCCCGCGGAGGCGCCGCCGCGUGCGCUGUCGGAAGGCGGCGCGGCGGGCCCGGGAGGUCUGGAGGCGGGACGCGCGGGUCAGCAGCGCCCUGAGGAGGCUGCGGCCCAGAGUCCGGGGCCAGGUGCGUCCCAGGGCCAAGGACACGACGGCCAAGGACAUCAGGGCCAAGGACGCAAAGGCCAAGGACGCCAGAGCCAAGGACGCCAGGGCCAAGGUGAUGGACAGGGGCAGAGGGAGGGCCGUGAAAGAAGACAGGUCCCGGUCCCGAGGGAAGAGACCACGGGAAGAGAAGAAGCUGGACCCCGAGAAGCCGGCAAAGCGGCCCCGCCAGAGGUCAGCUUCCCUGAGGACCGGCCCUCGGGCCGCCCGCACCCGCUGCUGCACCUGA